GAGGGCACUCGCGUUUGGGCGGCAAAUCCGCCCACGGAAAAUUCGUAACGCCGGUAAAAUUUCUCUCGUGUGUUGUGCAGUGAUCUAAAGACUUUGUGAUUGAACUUUUUGUGCUAUUCAUGGAUCUUUUGGAUUGAUAUAAACCGGAGAUAUCUUCUGACCUUAGUGUAUCUUUAGAUGUAUGAGGAGGACAAAAAUGAAGGUCGUCUUCAUUCAACAUCACUUGUCAAGCUGAAGAUGUGGUAGGGACUCCAUGAUGGAUAUCCUGACCUUGGUGACGUCUUUACUUGGACUGAUAUGCUUCUUCUCAGGUCCAGUAAAUGGUGGCAUGAAUGAUGACUACGUCAGUACUGGUGAAGCGCCGUACAUCAUUGAGCAACCGAUUGACGUCACAGUUGCGCGGCAUCAGCCCGCAACCCUCAACUGUCGAGCUGGAGGGUCACCAUCUCCCACCAUACGAUGGUACAAAGGAGGGGUUCUUGUAGUAUCAGACACUCACAGAAGCUUGCUCCCAGCUGGAGGGCUGUUCUUCCUAAGAACCACUCAUGGCAGGGCACAUUCAGAUGCAGGCGUUUACUGGUGUGAAGCCACCAAUCCUUAUGGCACAGCUAGAAGCAGAAACGCUACAUUGCAUGUUGCCGUUCUUCGUGAAGAGUUCAGACUGGAACCGGUGUCGACUCAGUCGGCGCAGGGAGAGACUGUGAUACUAGAAUGUUCUCCACCACGAGGCUCACCAGAACCAACUGUUUACUGGAAGAAGAAUGGACAAAUGCUGCAUUUUGAUGGUGACUCCAGGAUGCAUUUAGUCGACGGUGGCAAUCUCGUAAUACAAGACGCCAGGCAAACCGACGCUGGAAGAUAUCAAUGUAUCGCCAGGAAUGCGGCGGGAACGAGGGAAUCAGCUGUAGCAACGCUCAGAAUACACAUUAAGCCGUACUUAAUCACGGGCCCGGAGGAAGUUGUGGCGCAGACUGGAGGUAGCGUCACAUUCCAAUGCCGAGUGGGAGGGGAUCCCCUUCCGGACGUGCUGUGGCGAAGGACCGCUGGAGGUGGAAAUAUGCCACUCGGCCGCGUCAAAGUUCUUGACGACAGGAGCUUGAGACUCGACAACGUUAUUCUAGGGGACGAGGGAGAGUACGCUUGUGAAGCAGAAAAUUCUGUUGGUGCUGUGAGCGCUAGUGGAUACUUGACUGUAUACGAUCCUCCUUCAAUCAUAUUGAAACCUAAUUCGGUGAAUGUUGAAACUGGGACAAUGGCAACGUUUACUUGUUCGGCCACCGGUAGACCUGAGCCGACUAUGUUCUGGAGUAUAGAAGGAAAUAGAACUAUUAUCUUCCCUGGUACAUCAAGAGGGAAAUAUCAUGCUACGACAGUACUAGACGGGGUGACUGUACUAACAAUCAACGACACAAAUAAAAAUGAUAGUGGAAACACGAUAGUUUGUUCGGCGGUAAACUUCGCUGGCAGUUCGUUUGUCAGAGGGAAACUAACCGUGACGUCAGACGAUGACCGCCCACCGCCAAUCAUAACAAACGGGCCCUCUAACCAAACGUUACCUAUAAAAUCGAUGGCAGUUUUCCCCUGUACGGCCGUGGGCACACCUGAACCAAUCAUUGCAUGGUAUUUUGAAGGGGAAGCAUUAAUACAAAAUCAUAGAAGGAAUGUUACUAAUGAUGGUACUCUCAUAUUGAAGGAUUUGGACAAAAUAGACAGCGGUACUUAUACGUGCGUGGCUUCCUCCCAUCACGGGAAAUAUGUGUGGAGUGGGGUGCUGCUCGUCGAUAGCCCGAUAAAUCCUAACAUUCAUUUUUUUCGAGCAGCCGAUGUUUCCUCUCUGCCGGGGCCGCCUACAAAGCCGCUUAUACACAAUGUGACAGAAACAAGUGUUACUAUAACUUGGAACCAGAAUAACAAAAUAGGUUCCUCGUCUAUACUUGGCUAUCAAGUUGAAGUAUUUUCUAGAGAAACACUAUCAGGAAGUAGUACACCAAGGAACUCUAGAGGUUGGGUAGUACUGGCGAGGCGAGUGUAUCAUACGCAAUUUGUUGCAAAGUCCUUAGUACCUGGAGUUACUUACAUGUUCAUUGUCCGAACGGAAAAUUCCCAUGGGCUGUCUGGCCCUAGUCCAGUGUCCGAUGCGGUCACUGUCGGCGAUGAUGCAAGCUCUUUGUGGGAAUCUGGAGUUUUUUCGAAUAAUACUGAAUUCCGCAACAAUAUUCUCACUGACAAUAUAGUGGAAUUAAUUGAAGCCACACCAAUUGACUCAAAAACUAUAAAACUCAUGUGGGAAAUACUAAACUUUUACUACUUGGAGGGCUUAUUCAUAUAUUUCAGACCCCUAGACAAUAUAACGACCGAGUAUGAGAUGAAAACUAUUUUGCAUUCCAACGAUGUCUCCGGAUAUGAAAUAACGUCUUUGCAAAAAUACACAAAAUACGAGUUUUUCCUCAUACCGUUCUAUAAGAAAUUCGAGGGGAAGCCGUCGAAUUCAAAAGUGGCUCAAACUUUGGAUGAUGUACCUGACGGUCCUCCAAUUAACAUUGAAAUGUUCAUUUUGAAUACUACGACGGUUCAUUUGAAAUGGUCUCCUCCAGAAGCCCAUUUACAAAAUGGAAUCAUAACUGGUUAUAAUGUAUUGGUUAAUUGGCUGGACAUACCUGCGAACAAAUCCAUGGUUGCCAUCAACACAACUGUACAUCAAGCUACCAGCUUAAUUAUGACUAAUUUGACGUCUGGUGUCAGCUACUCGGUUCAAAUUGCGGCAGAAACUAUCGUGGGGCUUGGACCAUUUAGUCAAAAAGUAUAUUUAAAUAUCGAUUCCCGCUCUGUUGGACUCGAUCCUUUAUCCAGAUAUCCAAUAAACGGGGAGGUGUCUAUAGUAGCGGGGGAUUUUGUUAUGGAAACAUGGUUUUACUUUUUGAUUGGAGCGAUUGUUCUGUUCAAAAUAAUUGUGAUUGGCGGCAUUAUUUACGUUCGGAAGCACAACAUUUUCGCCAAAAAGUCGGCUCUCCCUAAUAUUUACGAUUCCAACGGCACGAGCUUGGUGACUCAAAUGAACAUAAAAGCCGCAGUGUCUUUGUCACAUCCACUCACUAGUUGUUACAAUAAGAACACUGUGACGAAGACUGAGUCAUUGUUGUGGAUGGAGAAUCAGCCAGGAUUGUGCAUGUCCGGCACUCAAACCAGUCAAAGCAAAGAGAAAACUAACUCGGAAUACGACAAAGUUACUCACCAAUUACCUGAAUAUGCGGAAGUGACGUCUUCACGAGCAAAUGCAAAUGAAUGGAACACAAGUAAAACUGCCACUUCACCGGCGGCGUAUGCCUCGGUUACUUUGGUUGCCAAUACCAGGCAAUGUGUGAGUUCAUUGGGCUGGUUUCCUCCUACCGGAAAAAAUGUCGAUUCUUUUGAUAAUCGAUAUGCGCCUGAAGAGGAAAUGUAUCCAGCUAGCAACGGAGGGUACUACAAUAGAAACGUGUACAGCGAAAAAUAUUUCCAAGGUCAUCCCAAUGUUUUGAAAUUUUACGACUUACCUUCUUUAGAGAAAACGCAGAAAGCUCAGAUACGAUACAAUCAGAGUUUGGACGACCGGAAGGGGGAUAAAAAUUCUAAGACUGAUGCAACCCAAUCGCUUAUAGGUCGUACCUAUGGGAUUAGCUCUAGGAAGAAUUCUGAAACCGAGUCAACGUACAGAGCUUUUGGUGAAGAUGAGACAGAUGAGGAAAAUUAUCCGGAAGAUGGUGGUUAUGAUGAGUUGCAAGCGAUGCAGCCUCAGAGGCAGAGACCACAGCAUCAGUACGAGAGGCCUAACUUUGACAACGAUGCAACGCGGACGCUGGCCCGGCUGACGUCAUUCAGGCAAGGACAGGGGCUGCCUGGCAGUGCCAAGACAACCCUUGCUCCAACGCAUCCCCCACCCGCGCCUCAUCCCCGGGUAGACUCUGUAACCCGGUAGUAUCACGCCUUGCCGGUUUUCGGCGACCUGUGCCAAACGGACGUAUAGACCGAUACUUUCCUAGUAGUGUAGUGACGUCACCGAGAUCGCAGUUCUUCCUCGUGUUGUGCACUUACUGAAAAUUUUUGUGAAAAGAAUCGUGAUUAAUUUGUUUUGGAAAUGAUUAUUGACAGUGAAUGAUUUUUGUUUCAACUUUCUGUGCAUUGUAAUGGCCUAAAAUUGUGAUUUAAAAAGUGACUGGCCUAGUGACGACAUUAUCUGAUAUUUAUCCGAAAAGUGAUUAAUUUAAAUAAAAUUUCUAAUAAUAUAUUUUGAAGUAUACCUAGUCCUUGUAACUAUAGAUUUAUUAUUUGUAAAUAAUGUAAAUAAUUAUUAAUAGUUUGUCGAAUAAUGUUCUUGGAAUAACCUAAACUUUGUGAAGUUUAAUAUCAAUUCUGAUAAAUGUUUACAAUGUUAUUAUUGGAAUUGGAAAUUCAAUUGAUAUGUCCGUCUGAAUAUCAAUAAACGAAUUUGUAAUCCUAUAUCAUUAGUGUAAGUGUAAUAAGAUAUAAAUAGAAACAACAAAAUUAACGCUUGGCAAUAAUUUGAAAUAACAUAACCUUAUUAAAUCAUUCAUAGCAUUGUAAAUAAUACUAAUAAUAAUGAAAAAAUAGUUUCGGAUUGUUUUAAUAGUAUUUUGAUUUGAUAUUGCAUUUAAAAAAUAAUUUAUUAAUUCAUAAAUCUUAUUAUUAGUUCUAUUAACUGUAUUAAAAUUAGUAUUAUUAUUUAGUUUAUUUCACGUGCCAUAUGUAGAGGUCAUAGCUAAAUAAAUAAAAUAAUAAAGUAACAUUGGAGUUGUGAGAUAAAAUUCAAAAUAAAAUGAAGCUUUUACAAAACUAAAAAUUAUAAUCUACGUAAGAUCAUGUGAUAUGAGUUUAUAUAGCCACUUGUUAUAAUAUUAAAUAGCACGACUUGUAUUGCAUAUCAAAUGUAUUAGUCAUUUAAUAGUUAAAAAUGUUAUUAAUUAGGACGCUUCCAUAUCUGAAAUAAAAAAUUAAUAAAAAUAAAAUGUGUAUUCGUCCUUCAUUUGUAAAUAAAUGUAAAAUGGAGCUCGCCUUUUGUAUAAUUACUUCAAAAUAAUUUUGUUAUUUUUUCUCUUUGGACUGUUAAACAGAGUAUUUUGGGCGGAGAUCACAAAGAUCGCGAGUUGUGGUGACAAGCUCGACCGAUGAGAGCAUUAAUCUAAAUGAAGAACGAUCACAGGAUUCUUUGAAGCUCGCUCAUCAAGCUAUACAUGUUGUCGUUUAUACUCAUGUUAUUAGUGACAGAAUUGGCAAAGUAUUAUUAGAGUUUCGGAAAGUUAAUGAAGUAGAGCAAGAUGGGCUUCUUAUUACGUUUCUAGUAAAAGCUGAAAUUGC